GCUGAGCCUUCCUUGACUUCCCUACUUGUCAGACUGCCUGAAUAUUUUAUCGGAGGGUUCAAUUGUGAUAGGUGGAUGAUCAAGUUGUCCCUGGUGGACUUGGUUCUCAUCCAGAUCUUUCCCCGUACUAUAUAUCUCGCCAGAUUCCCAAUUCAAUUCUCCAUUAGGGUCAACACUGGUCCAUCCUCUUUGCCUUCAAAACCUUGAAAACACAUCCUGGUAAGUUCUCAAACCCAUACGACAGAUAAUCUAUGGGAACUGAUCAGGAAUCUAAACAAGAUACAGCCCAACAUGAAGCUACCGUCGCUCAUCAAGAUCGCAACCCUUGCAGGCCUUGCCUGCAACUCCCUCUCCGUUAGCGCACUGAAGGUUGGAGAAAUUGUCGUCUUUAAGGGUUAUCAGUGCGACUCCAAUGGUCUAGUCCUUCAGCUUGAUCAGAGUGCUAAUAACCGCGUAUCCACUAUCUCUCAAUCGGGUGGGGCUGUCUUGAGAUGGCUGAAUCCUGGCUGUAAAGUGUAUUUGUGCUUUGCCGGUUAUGGGUGCGGGGAUGGUGCAUCUGUAGUACAGGAAUUGAAGCCUAAUACAUGUUUGCUGUCGAAGGCAGGGGAUGCCUGGAGAGUGUGGGAUAAGUUGCUUUUUAUUUGCGAUUAGGCUUGGGAAGUAAUGGAAUUCAUUCCAUGUAUAUGGAAUGGAAAAUAAUCCCGAUGUCACAUAGUGGAAACACCGCAUUCGGAAAGACCACGAGUUUAAUAAACAGUGCAACUGUAUAUAAGGAAAACUCUGCUUCCGUCCUAAUUCUCAGCCAACUGCAUGAUGGGCCAUCCAUGGACUGGCCAUGGCGAGGUCUAUUCCUUUUCUUCGUGGAGAAUGUGAUUGGAACCAUUAUAGUCACAAGCGGAAAUAAACAAUUUUCUCCCCAAUAGAUAGCACCAAUAUCAUCAUACUACUUAGCCGCCACACCUAGGUCCUACCCUGAGUGUCG